UUUGUAUUGUUGCUUGCUUCGGUUUAUUUGAACCCAGCGGCUGCCUUCAGCAUGGAAAAAUGAAAACCAUUUGAUCUGGGAAAUGCCUGAGCAUGCGAGAGCGUUUUUCAUUUCUGAAAGAGUUCAGUUUCAUUUGCUCUCUUCCUUCUGUUCCAGGCAGGCAGCACAGAGAGCUGUAUAAAUAGCCAAGCUUGUGCUACAUCCAGUCUGAGGUAUCCAAGCAUCCAAAGAACGAAGGCACACAGCAGGGAAAGCACCGAGCAGCUUGCGCAAGUAAAGAUGAUGCAUAUUUCAAUCUCAAUCUCCUGAGCACUCUUGGGGACCUUCGAUGGAUUACAAUAAUACUUCGGCGAGGCUGCUGAUAUCUGUAUAGAGCUGUCACUUACUGAGAAGGAUAAGAGCGGGAGAGAAUAUCAUUAUUUCCACCUAAGAUAAAUGUUAAGGGCUGAUUCACUGGGAGGAAGUGAGCUGAACAUGUUGAUGGCUUAAACUUUUUUUUUUUUUUAAUCUUCUUGAAGUGGAAUGGACUUUCUGAUGACAGAGUUCAUCUGGGAAUGACAAACUUCUCCAGGCUGAUUGGAAAUGGCAUCACAGAGCUGAAACUUUACUGGAGGAAAUAUACCUCCCAAUGAAGAAAGUACAAUGCACUGUAAAGCUCUGACUCCUGGUGAAAAAUUCAAGGCUAGAGAAAACUUGUCCGCUUGGCUGGGAAGGAUGAGUUGGACAAUCUUCAUGCGUUCCAAAGGAAAUCUGGAUGCCAUGCUGAGCUUAAUCUCUGCAGCGUGCUCGGUGAUUUUCUCCUCCUGAUGCACUGCAUGGUUAGCCUGAGGAGAAGGAUCAAGAAAUUGACUACCAAGAUGGUAAUCACUAGUGGGAAUGAAGAAGAAAAAGGCAAUCAAGAAAAGGAAAGCAAGGAAGAAUCCAUCCUGGCAAUGCUGGGAAUUAUUGGGACAAUUCUAAACCUCAUUGUGAUCAUUUUUGUGUACAUCUACACGACAUUGUAAACUGAAGAGGCAAACCAAUGAAGACAGCUGACAAGAGGUGAUGGAAAACUUUGUCUGCUAUUGACACACGGCUUAAUGAGAAUUGACUCUGUAGUAUAUUAAGACGUCAUAAAAGCCAUGCCUGAAGGCAGUGGAGGUUGAAGCACAAUUAAUUUAACAAGACUUUUUUUUUUCACACACAAGCAAAACUUGCCUCUCUCUUUCUCUCUCCCUCUGCUUUUCCUCUUUUCAUUUGCUCUAAAGAAAUGACUGCAAAUAUGUAAGGAUCAGCUUUGGAGAACCCCACUAUGGAUCAAACCUUCUCAACACAGCCAAAGACUGGACAUCAUGAUAAACAGUGACAAAUGUAUAGCAUAUUCAUGCCAAGAUUAUGUUCAACAGAUAAUACGUCUCUGUCUUUCGUGGCCAUUAGCUUGCAUCUUCUUCUUGUUUCCGUUUUAUUUACGUUGAAGCUAGCAAGCUUUUGAUUUUAACAUGAACAUAUGGUGCAGUCGGGAGGCGGGUCCGGGGGUGGGGGGGAGCUACCAUACCACUGAGCAGCCUGAGCAAACAAAAGAUAAAACCUUCAGCAAAGUAAGUUCCAUGGCGUUUCUUCCUUCUCUCAUUUGCUUGACAUCUGUGUCUGUUCAUACCGACGUUUAUAAAUAUAUAUUUUUAAUAAAUGUGCUAUAUUUUUAGCAUGAACCAAA